UAGCAUCCAUCAGCUGAUGCACGCUCAAGGUCACCCGCGCAUUGCAUCAUGGGUGCUGGGUAUCAGAUGCUCCGGUUGGUCCCACCCCGAGAGCAACAUUCGCAUCCCAACCUAGCCGAAUAAGGUAUACCCGCAUCACGAGUCGCUAUGACGAAACAGCUGUCACGAGACGUGAUGCGAAAUACGCAUUGUGGAUAAAUAAAGGGGAGGGGACGAGCGUUUUACGUGUUCAGACGCCGGUAUUUCGUCAAAGUGAAACGUGCGGUUGGUCGUGUAUUCACUACAAAUAAAACGAGUACAUCAGUGAUCGGGCGACAUUUCACCAGAGUUUAGUGUCCGGUGGGUCAACGGGAGAUUUGCACUAGUAUACGGACGUCACGACACGAGAAACGGAAAACAACUUUCGGCCAGCAACGCAUCGUGGGUAAAGUGACUGUGUGCUAAAUCUCACGUUCGCACAGAAUCCAUCAAUCUUGGACGUUUCCACUAAGCCAAUAUGGAGGGGGAGAAGAAACAGGUGACAUGCUACCUCCUGUUUUCUCUGACAACGGCUGCAAUUGGUUCUCUGCAGUUUGGCUACAACACAGGAGUCAUCAAUGCACCUGAACAGAAAUUGCGGGCCUUUUUCAACAACACGUGGAUGGAGCGUUACGGAGAGCCCAUCAAACCAGGCGUGUGCACCAUUGUGUGGAGCUUUGCGGUGGCCAUCUUUAGUGUGGGUGGAAUGGUGGGCUCCUUCAGUGUCGGUGUCGUAGCCAAUACAUUUGGAAGACGUAAAUCCAUGAUUCUGGUGAACCUCUUGGCUCUAAUCGGUGGAAGUCUCAUGGGAUUGUGCACCCUUUGCUCCUCCUUUGAGAUGGUCAUUGCUGGCCGGCUGGUGAUCGGGCUGUUCUGUGGUCUCUUUACUGGUCUCACUCCAAUGUACAUCGGGGAAAUCUCUCCCACUCCACUUCGUGGGGCCUUUGGGACCCUGCACCAGCUUGGUGUUGUGUUGGGCAUUUUGAUCGCUCAGAUCUUUGGUCUGGAGGCUAUACUGGGUUCAUAUAAGCUCUGGCCAGUGCUUUUGGCUCUUACCAUCCUACCUGCCAUCAUGCAAUGUGUACUGCUGCCGUUUUGCCCUGAGAGCCCUCGCUUCCUGCUCAUCAACCUCAACCAGGAGGAGCAGGCCCGCAAAUCACUCGUUCGACUCCGUGGUUAUGAAGAUGUGGGGAAGGAAAUGCAGGAGAUGAAAGAAGAAAGCGCUAAGACACAAAUGGAAAAGAAGGUGACCAUUCCCGAGCUGUUCCGCACCGCAGCUUACCGGCAGCCUCUUCUCAUCGCUGUAAUGCUGCAGCUUUCCCAGCAGCUGUCUGGCAUCAACGCUGUAUUUUAUUACUCGACUGGUAUUUUCGAAUCCGCCGGAGUGACUCAGCCCAUAUACGCCACUAUUGGAGCUGGUGUAGUCAACACGGUUUUCACUGUGGUGUCUCUCUUCUUGGUGGAGAGAGCCGGACGGAGAACUUUGCAUCUUAUUGGUUUGGGCGGAAUGGCUAUCAGCGCUUUGGUCAUGACGAUUGCUCUCAUAUUAAAAGACAUAGAGGCUUUUCGAUACCUCAGCAUCGCUGCAAUUUUUGCCUUCGUGGCAAUGUUUGAGAUGGGUCCUGGGCCCAUUCCGUGGUUCAUAGUGGCCGAGCUGUUUUCUCAGGGACCACGUCCUGCUGCCAUGGCUGUUGCUGGAUGCUCUAAUUGGACCGCCAAUUUCCUUGUGGGCAUCAGCUUCCCCAAACUGGUGGAACUGUGCGGGCCGUAUGUGUUCAUCAUAUUCACGAUCUUUCUCAUCCUCUUCUUCAUCUUCACGUACUUCCGUGUUCCUGAGACAAAGGGGAAAACUUUCGAAGAAAUCGCUCAAGGUUUCAGCAAAGCCCCGGCCCUGACCACCGAUUCCACGGCAGAGUCUGGCAGGGUCGCGCUGCCGGCCUCUUCUGUUAAUGAAAAGGUCCCGUUGGUGGAAGCUUCUAAAAUGUCCUCUGAUCAGGGACCUAGCUCUUCCGAGCAGCCCACAGCAGGGGGGGAGCAGAAACCAAGCUUGCCCACCCAGCCGUUGGUAGAAUCUAGUAAAUAAGAGAAAUCUAAUUUCAGUUUUUAAAGAAUGGUGUAGAACCAUACAGCUUAAUAUGAUUAAAGCCGUUACAAGUACUAACCGAGGAUAGAAAUAAAAUACUACAGAUUAUAUAUUGGCAGGAGAUUAUUUAGUAUAAACAGAAGGAGAGUUGUGGUGAUCUAGUUAUAUUUUGAAAGGAUAAGAGCUUAGUGUGUGAGCUUUAUUUUAAUUGUAACUUAUUGAUGGAUUGGUGCAAUAUUGAUCUUUGUUUUACGAGAAUUAUCAGGUUUUAUCCUUGUACUGCUUAUAGGGUUGUAUCCUUGUACUGCUUAUAGGGUUUUAUCCUUGUACUGCUAUAUGUUUGUGCGUUUUGUUACUUUUAAUGUAAUAUCAAAUAGGACCUGGUUUCCUAUAUCAAAUCGGACUGGAAAGGGAAUUUUUACAUUUGGCCUUCAUACUCCACUCGUCAUUUUGAACAGUUAAUCUUAAUUCUUUCUUUAAGAAAGUGUUUUUCCUUCCUUUCUGUACCAUAAGCAACGGAUCAGAACGAUAGUUGGCUAAAGCCCCUGUAGAACGAACACUUAUUUGCAAUGAUGAUCGUUUCGUAUGAAAUUAUAUAAUGUAUAUAUAUAUAUACUGUAUAUGUACAAUACAAUAUAUAGAUAUUUUCAUUUGUUCAGAUCACUACUAUCAUUUAUCAGUAACAGAAUAUAGCAGAUAUAACAAAUAUAUUUAUAUUUAGUGGAGGGGUCUUAAAUAGCUAGUAAAGCUUAUGCCAAGAAGUAAAUCGCUAGUUUACAGCCAAAAAUAAUAUGUCUAAGUCUUCAGAUAGGUAAAUCACUCCUACAUCUACAUUCGCAGUUGUAUAUGGCCAGAUGGAAUGACCAAUGUUUAGUGUUUUGCAAGUGAUGGGAUCAGGGUUUGCAAGAUUAUAACAAUUAAACACGCUACUGAAUUAAUGUGCUAGACAUUUAGUAUACCAGCAUUGUGUGCACUACGUAGUCAGCAAAGCAACAACUCACUUUAAAGUUUGACGGAGCAGAGAGGCACAUCUCACCCGAAUUAAUGUUUUUAUAAGUCCUUUUUAAAGAGAACACAGUAUUUAUUUAUUUAUGUAGUGUUAUUUAUUUGGUUAUGUGUACCUAUAUUAAAGCAAGUAUAACAAUUUCUAUGACGUGAGUGAAAAAAUAUUUUUGCUGCCAUAGCUUGUGUGCUCCCGUUUCGUCUGGAUAUUGAAUGUAAAAGUAUUUAUUAUUAAGCACAUUUAAAGGCCAGGUGCAAUACGGAUUGAAAAACACUGCUUAGCUGUUUUGUGAAUCAUUAAUGUGUUGCACGAGAGAAACUUUGCUAAAAGACUAAAAAAGAUAACAUUCCACUUGCUGUAGUACUAUGACCAGUACUACGUAGUAUAUUCCAGCUUCACUUUGAGCCAGCUAUCUUCUAAUAUAAACCAUUUACCGGUAAUAUACAUCACAUACCUUUGCUGUGCAUAAUGUACACAACACAUACUGUAGUUUUGCUUACUGUACAAAGUUAGAAGAACAUGACACUGUAAAUACCUAAAUUGAUGUUUGUGUGUUGGGUGGUGUAAUUGUUGUGCUUGCAGGUCAAAAACAGAACGCAAAACAAAAGUGUUGAUGCUUUGAGAUUUGUAAAUUUAAUGGUGGGUUUUAAGUGUAUCAAGAUCACGAGUGGUACUGUGUACAGUUGUUUUAUUAAUUUGUGAAUAAAUAGUCUAAAAUA